UUAAAAGACAUUUGUAGAUAACAAACUUCUUUAAGAAAAUUAUCACUCUAUAAAGAUGCAUAAAUUAGUUACUGUAUUAUUUUUAAUAUUUGCUGCACCUAUGGCAAAAGGAGAUUUAAAUUAUUACGUUGACAGAAAUUUAUCGUUUUUACCAAAUUUUCCUGAUAAUUAUGUCCAGAAUGCAACAAUGAACAUUGACGCCUACAUCAAUUUGAAUAAACAGCAGCAUGAACAGAAUAUUCAUGAAUUCGAUACAAAAAUUGAAGUUUUCAAUCAGUCUUAUGCGUCAAGUCUUGAAAUAAUCGGUAUAAAACUAGACCUAUUGAUUUUCGCACUGGCUCAGGCUGAUGAAAAAUUGAAUCCAUUAUCAGUUAUAAGUGAAUUUAGCCGGCAAUGUGUUAAUAAAUAUCGUCAUAUGAUACCAAAAAUCGUUGAUAUCAAGUCAAGAAUGGUUAAUUGUAUAAAUCAGGCGGUUAACAAAAUGCCCACUUUGUUGGCUGAUGUAAUUCAAAUCAGAAAUUAUUUGGAUAACUAUUACAAGAAUACAUUUGAAAGUAAUAUUUUAAACUGUCAAAGGUUCUAUGGUAAAUAUCCCCGCAAUUUUACGCUUUGUAUAACACAUGUGGUCGCUGACACUAACACUUAUACGAUUGCAAAUCAAAAACAGUUUGGCCACAAAAUAGAUGCUCUUGAGUGUACCUCUGAUCUAAUAAUAAAACAGACAUUGGAUUGUAGUUUUGAUGUUGAAAGUGAUACAAUUUCAGCCAUUGCUGAGGCCUCCACUUUAAUCAAUAGAUGCAUGUCGGGUCUAGACGAUUGUAAGCAAAUAUGUACGGGUUAUACAUGUGAAGAAGUCUAUAUAAUGGAUCGUAGUGAAGUCGAUUUUAGCUCUAAGGUUAUCAGAAAUCCAUUCUAUGGACGUAGUGAUGUGAAAAAUUGUCUAAUGAUAAAAAUUAAGUAAACAAAAUUUAAACUUAAUUUUUUAAAAUUAGGGUCUUUUACAUAAUCUGUUAGAUCCGUUAUGAGAGGUUUUUACAACAAUUUUUUUAUGAAAAUGAAACCAUUUGGAUGAAAUUAAAAACUCUUGUUUUAAAUUUAGUUAAUUUUUUUUCGUAUCGAACGUUUUAAUUUGCAUGAAAAAUUAAUUUUAACCGCUGUAACUGUAGCAAAACUUAAAAGUUUAUUAAAUUCUACAUACAAUUUUCCACUUAAA